AUGUCUUUCAAUUCUAGUCGAGGAUCAGUGAUUCAUUCUACUAAAGGCAUCGUAGCCUGCUCACAGCCGUUGGCUGCUGCUGCAGGCGUGAAGAUAUUGGAGCUGGGCGGAAACUCAAUAGAUGCGUCUAUUGCAGUCUCGGCAUGUUUGUGUGCCUUAGAACCAGCAUCCACGGGAGUUGGCGGCGACUGUGUUUUACUACACCACGAUGCAUCGACCAAACAAAUUAUAGCAAUGAAUGGCACGGGCAGAUCGCCCUCGAAUCUGACCCACGAAUGGCUUAUUCAAAAUCAGGUGGUUAAUACUAAUGACAGCAGGCUUCCCAGUUCUUCAGUCCAUGCUAUCAUUGUGCCGGGAGCCAUUGCCGGCUGGGUUGAUGCUUUCACUAAAUUAGGCUCUGGAAAAGUGACUUUGGCGCGGGUACUACAGCCUGCUAUAGAUUUAUGUGAGAAAGGUCACCCUAUAAGCGAAAUAUCGGCACAUUUGACACAAGAAUGCUGGAGUUUCCUGCAAAGUCAGAAUAAAGGGUCGCCAGAGCUUUUGAAUUGUUUUGCUCCAUCAACAAACGCUCGCCAUCCGCCUAAAGAUGGAGAUCUCGUUAUCAACAAGCAGCUUGCUCAAGUGUUUCGGGCCGUUGCAGAAAAGGGUAAGGAUGGUUUCUACUCUGGAAAAAUUGCAGAUGCUAUUGUCGAUGAGGUAGCACAAAGAGGCGGACUGCUUUCUCGAGAGGAUCUUUCUAGUCAUGAAACUACGUUUGUUGACCCCAUUUACCUAGAUGUUCUUGGACAUCGAAUUUGGGAGACACCCCCAAACAGCCAAGGACUCGUCGCUUUACUUGCACUAGGUAUCAUCCAAGAACUGCACGAAGACGGUGUUGUAGACCUCUACAAACUAAAGCAUAACUCAACAGAGUACUUGCAUUUACUCAUCGAAAGUCUCAAAAUCGCGUUUUAUGAUGCUGAUGAAUAUGUUUCUGACCCGACCUAUCAAGACGCACUUAUAACGUCCAAACUUCUUUCCAAAAGCUUUCUUAAUGCCAGAUCCAAGCUCUUCAGUAAAACGAGGAUUUUGGAUAGCAAGGAAAUGAAACAUGGUGUCCCGGAUGCAAAUUUGAAUCAAUCGAAUACUGUUUAUUUCACGGUCAGCGACAGCCAUGGUAAUGCCACCUCCUUUAUCAACUCGGUAUACGUGGAAUUUGGAUCCGCCAUCGUGCCAAGAAACUUUGGGGGUUUCGUGAUGCACAAUCGAGGAGCCAAUUUCAAUCUUACAAAGGGCUCUAAGAACUGUUUAGGUCCUGAAAAAAGACCCUAUCAUACCAUUAUUCCAUCCAUGAUAACUGAUCCAAAGACAGGUGAGUUGCUCUAUAGUUUUGGUAACAUGGGAGGCUUCAUGCAGCCAAUAGGACAUGUUCAACACUUUUUGAACUUGAUUUUGUUCAAACUAUCACCACAGGUUUCCUUGGACAAACCAAGAUUCUGCCUAUCGCCUCACCCCAAUUGCGCUCAUCUAGAUCGCGGUCGAGGUUCAAACGGUCCCGUUUCCACACCUGUUACUUUAGUGUCAGUCGAGGAGGAUUUGGAAGGUGAAAUCAUAGAAGGUUUACGUCAAUUAGGCCAUGACGUCAAAAUAGUUGCAGGCAUGAAAAGAUCACUCUUUGGCCGUGCCCAAAUCAUCAAAAAGACUAAGCUCGCUGGCGAAAAUGAAUUUCUUUAUUCCGCUGGUUGUGAGAAAAGAGGUGACGGUGGUACUGUUCCAUUAGUCUAG